AUGCUGAAAGCUUCCAACCGCUUCGAAUGUCAUUACCCCGGCUGCAACUCAAGCUACCAGCGCAAAGAGCACCUCCGCCGUCACGAAGCCCAACAUGAUGGCCGUCUCGCCUCCACAUGCCCGUUCUGCAGCCGGACAUUCGCACGAAGGGACACUCUUAGACGCCAUGUCCGGCGCGAUCAUGCGGAUUCCCAGUCUCAGCUAGAGUCAGCUCGUGCAUUGCAAGCUUGCGAAGCGUGUCGAGGCGCAAAAGUACGUUGUCGGGGCGGACAUCCGUGCACUCGAUGUCAACUGAGAGGGAGUCAAUGUGUCUUUGAUCAUCCGGAUCAUGUCCUUGAGCAUGAGCCUGAUGCCGACGCUGAUAUCGACACUGAUGCUGAGGUAGAUGCUGAGACAUCGGAGGUGCAGAAUGAUGAGCCACAAGGACCGCAGGCUAAAGCAGUUUGGGAAGCGAGACAAUUGGAAGACGAUAGUCAUAAUUUCGACCAUGCCCCAGUGACCUCAGACUCUACAGAACAGAACAAGUUUCAGCGCUGGGUGCACCUCUACUUCACACGUUUCCAUCGCCACUGGCCCAUUCUGCACCGAGGCACAUUUGAUAUUGCGCACGAACCACCGCUUCUGGUCCAAGCUGUGAUGAUGAUCGGGCUAUGGGUUAGCGGGACACCGAAGGCAAAAGAAGCCGCAAUUGAGCUCCAUAGUAAACUGGGAGAAUCCAUCUGGGAGCACAGGAGCACCUGGGCCAGGACAUGCGCAUUGCAAGACCAGCCCGGCCAAGAAGAACGCGAGCAGGAGAACGACAACCCAACAUCCCAGUGGCCAAUAGCGACAUACCAGGGCAUUCUCAUCUACCUCAUAUUCUCGCUGCUUUCUCCCGGGACAAACAAUCCCUCCUUCGAAUUGAGUUUAACGUUCCACAUCCGGCCCAGAGACCGCGAUAUCCUCUCCGUCCUCAUCUCCGCAUGUCUUGAAAACAACAUAUUCUACUACCCGCGUAUGCUGGAGCGAUACUGGGGCGUCGAGAACAUCACCUGCAUCUGGGUUGGGGUUGAGGAGAUCAAGAGACUAGGGCUGGCGCUGUAUCGGGUUUCUUGCUUGUGUAGCACGGUCUCGAACGGGAUACUCCCGCAACACCUGGAGGAUGGUGACCAUGUCCGGCUAUUACACCUAUCUGACUUGAGAUUUCCCCCACCGGAUAGCGGGUACCUGUGGGAAGCUGCGUCGAACGAGGAAUUGUCGAGGCUGCUGAGGGUUCGGAAUUUGAACCUGGAGACUCGGCCUGCUAGUGAGCUUGGAAGGACGGUUGAUGGGAGAGACGAGAGGAAUUGGAUUUCGGCUGUUACGGGUCGUUGA